CUGGAUGCCUCGGUGCCUGCGAACUCAUAAAUACCGCCGCCGCCCUGGUGGCGGGAGACGCGCGUGCGGGCGGCCGGCGGGCGCCCCGAGGCAUCCGGAUAACCAUCCCCUUGAAGACCUCACCAUCCUGCCUGCCUCCCCCGACAUUGCCUGAUCUCCCACCCUGCGUCUUCCCAGCCCCUUGGUGCUGUUCCUGACGGAAUCUGAUCUACUGCGGACCCCUCCCCUUCUCCGUCUGCCCUCCCCCACUGUCCCCUCACCAUGCGCCCCCUCUGUCCCUGCCGGUCCUGCUGCUGUCUGCUCCUGUUUCUCUCCCUGGGAGUCCAGGGGGCCCCAGAGGCGGCCCCUGAGCAAGUCCACCUGUCCUACCCAGGUGAGCCUGGCUCCAUGACUGUCACCUGGACCACGUGGGUCCCCACGCGCUCCGAAGUGCAGUUCGGACUGCAGUUGACAGGCCCCCUGCCGCUCCGGGCUCAGGGCACCUUCAGCCCCUUCGUGGAUGGGGGCGUCCUGCGGAGGAAGUUCUACAUCCAUCGAGUCACGCUGCGGGGGCUGCUGCCCGGGGUCCAGUACGUUUACCGCUGUGGCAGUUCUCAGGGCUGGAGCCGUCGGUUCCGCUUUAGAGCCCUGAAGAACGGUCCCCACUGGAGCCCCCGUCUGGCUGUGUUUGGGGACCUGGGGGCCGACAACCCGAAGGCCUUACCCCGGCUGCGCAGGGACACCCAGCAGGGCAUGUACGAUGCUGUUCUCCAUGUGGGAGACUUUGCCUAUAACAUGGAUCAGGACAACGCUCGUGUUGGGGACAAGUUCAUGCGGCUCAUCGAACCUGUGGCCGCCAGCCUGCCAUACAUGACGUGCCCUGGGAAUCACGAAGAACGCUACAAUUUCUCUAACUACAAGGCCCGCUUCACCAUGCCAGGGAACACUGAAGGCCUGUGGUACAGCUGGGAUCUGGGCCCUGCGCACAUCAUCUCCUUCUCCACCGAGGUAUACUUCUUCCUCCACUACGGCCGCCACCUGGUAGAGAGACAGUUCCACUGGCUGGAGAGCGACCUCCAGAAAGCCAAUAAGAACCGGGCAGCGCGGCCGUGGAUCAUUACCAUGGGCCACCGGCCCAUGUACUGUUCCAAUGCUGACCUGGAUGACUGUACGUGGCAUGAAAGCAAGGUUCGCAAAGGCCUCCGUGGCAAGUUCUACGGCUUGGAGGAUCUUUUCUACAAAUACGGGGUCGACCUGCAGCUGUGGGCUCAUGAGCACUCAUACGAACGGCUGUGGCCCAUUUACAACUACCAGGUAUUUAACGGCAGCCGAGAGACGCCCUACACCAACCCUCGAGGCCCUGUCCACAUCAUCACCGGGUCUGCUGGCUGUGAGGAGCGGCUCACCCCCUUCUCCCUCUUCCCGCGGCCCUGGAGCGCCGUGCGGGUGAAAGAGUACGGGUACACGCGGCUACACAUCCUCAACGGGACCCACGUCCACAUCCAGCAGGUGUCGGAUGACCAGGAUGGGAAGAUUGUGGACGAUGUCUGGGUGGUGAGACCCCUGCUUGGCCGGAUGAUGUACCUCUAGGUACAGGGGCAGCUCUCAUCAGGAACCCCGGGCCUCGCUGCUUUGGCUGGACACUGCCCAGGCCCAGGUGGAGAGUCAGGGAAGGCCUUGACUCCCAGCCCUCCUGAGGGCCCAUGUGGGGUGGCUGCAGCCCGGAGGCAGCCGGGGCGGCUCUCCCCUCCUGGAGAGGUGGGGGUACCCCCUGGCUGUGAUGGGAGGGCAGGUAUGCAGGCACAGAGCAAAGCAGGGCAGGUGUGGGGCGGCACAGCCCUGCUCUCCUGCAUAGCACUGGCAGGGCGGGGCGCCCACGGGGCCUCGGGAAUAAAGAGGCUUAGAGCUGUGCCUCCGUGGACUCUGCACUUCUGGGGGUGGCCCCCGGGCCGUCUCCUCUCCUGCCUGCAGGGGCGAAGGGCAUCUCCUGCCCUAAGUCAGCAAGUGGGCACGGCUGUCAUGACCCCAGUCUCCGGCAGGUGGCGUCGGGGGCCUUUCUCCUCCUAGACCCGCAGUCCGUGCUCCUGCCGCCCAAGGAGUGCUCACAGUGUCGCCCUGUGCCUCAGUUUCCCAGCCCAGCACCAAUUUAUCCUGGAGGGGAGAAAUGUUAACACUCCUGCCUCCAAGCUGGGGGUGCCUGCCAGGCUUAGGAUCUCACAGACCUGCUGUUUCCCUCUCCCUUUCCCUUCCUUUUCUCCCCCCUCUCUUGACCCCCUCCCUUGCAUGGGUUCAACCACUAUUUAUUGGGCAUCUACCACGUGCCAGGCCCUGGUCUCAGUCCUGGGAGACAGCUAUGAACAAGCCAGAGAUCUCUGCCUUCGCAGAGCUGAUAUUCUAACCAGGGGGUCAGAUCGCCAGCACAAUAAAAAAGAAAAAUAUAUAAAGCAGGGUAAAUAUUGGUAAGCACUCUGAAAAAGCAAGGAAGGAAGGGGCAUGAGGGGGGACGGUUGCAGUUUUUGCAAGGAUAACCAGGGAGGCCUCACUGGGAGGAUGAUGUUUGAUCUGAAGGAGUCUGAGGGAGAAGCGAUAGGGGCAGAGUGUGUUCCAGGCAGGGAGCAGCUGGUGCAAAGGCCCUGAGACAGAAACACGCCCGCCCUGCCAGGGUGAUAGUGUGGAGGCCUGUGAAGCCCGGGCCAAGUGAGUGCGGGAGAUGGGGACAGGGAGGUGAGUGGGAAAGAUCAUGUGGGGCCUUACAGGGCCCAGGGGGACUUUGUCCUUUAUCCACAGAAGGGCUCCGAGCUGGCACAUCUGAGUGCAGGAGUCCUAGGCCGAGCUGGACGCGGGCCCCAGGGCUGAGGGCUUCCCCGGGCAGCGGGUGGGCUCCCAGUUCUGCAAGCCGACCUCACAUUAUUGCUGCAUGAGCUGCACAGGCUCAGCUUCCUCACAUGGACAACCCCCGCCACCCCUCACUGUGCCCAAGACACGCCAGCUUCCUGCGGUUUCUUGAAUUGCACAGAGCUCUUUCUCACCCUGGGCAUGCCCUCUCCCUGGCUCAUCCUGGGCUGGCAUCUUCUCAGCCCGAGGCCUCAGCCUCCCCUGACAGCCCCAGCGAAGAGAGCUGCGAUCACCUGCUUUACUUCAUUUCUGGCUCUCAGCUGCCUGGAAUCCUCUUACUGAUUUAGGCUUGUUCUGGGUCAGUCUGGCCCCCUGGGGCCUAGAGUCUGUGGGGGUGGAGACCAGGGCCAUCUUGUUCAUUUGUGGGUCUAUCACCUCCCCCACCCACCCCUCCCAGAUCCUCUUCUCAGGCUGAGUGGUGCCCACCCGGGGCCAGCAGUGUCUGGGGAGCAGGGGGUGUCUGUCUCCCCCACUGGCUGUCAGUCCCCAGAGAGUGGGGCCCAGAGCUCACCCCAGCACAGCCCAGCGCAAGAGAGGUGCUUCAUAAACAUUAAUGGUGCCACAUGCCAGGCUCUGGCCGGACACUGCCAGGGACACGCCGGGGACAGUGAUGAAUCGGCCCCAGCCAGGCCCUGUAGGAGUUCAUGGGCGAGCAGAGAAACGCGGUUACCCAACUCGGGUGACACGCAAUGAGGGAACGCCACGGAGGGAUGCGCCCAGCCUGCGAGGUCGCCAGCUGCAGAGUCACGCAUUGCACGCUGCAGCCAAAGCCUGAGCUGGCGCCCGUGUGGGCCUGGCCGCGUCCAUCCCAGGCCAGAGGGGUUGGUGGGGGGAGGAGGCUGUGACCAUGAGAGCAAAGGCCUGACACUGGGGCUAGACAGAAACUGGGUUUGGAUCUCGGCUCUGCGACUUCCCGUGGGAUGUGGAGUCACCAGCCCGCUCUGAAUGUCAGUUUCAUCAUCUGUCACAAAAGAAUGAUCGUACUUUAUGGGAUCACCUUGGCAUUAAAUGAGCCCGAAAGCCUU